AUGUCACAGCAAUUCACCAAGAAUCAAGAACUAAUUCAAUACACUUAUGAUAAUCUACAAAUUAACGUUCCUAAAGGUUCUGAAGAAUAUGAAAAAAUGAUUUCCGGAAUGGCUUAUGAUUCAAUGUCAUCAGAAUUAAGAAUUGCCAGAGGUCAAACUAGAAAUUUAGCAAGACAAUAUCAAGAUAUUCAACUACAACCAGGUCAAUCAACAGAUGAAUAUGAUCAAGCUCGUUUAAAUCAUCUAAGGAAAGUUUUUGGCAAAUUAAAUGGUGAUAACAUAUGUAUUGAAUCUCCAUUCCAAGUUGAUUAUGGAUUUAAUAUUGAAAUUGGUGAUAAAUUUUAUUCAAAUUUUAAUCUUGUUAUAUUAGAUUGUUCAAUUGUUAAAAUUGGUUAUGGUGUUAAAUUUGGUCCAAAUGUUUCUUUAUUAUCUGCAACUCAUCCAUUAGAUUAUAACGGACGUGUUGAAAAUUCAAUUGAAUGGGCAAGAGAAAUUAAUAUUGGUGAUUAUGUUUGGCUUGGUGCUGGUGUUACUGUAUUAGCUGGUAUUACUAUCGGAAAUGGGACUAUUGUAGGUGCUGGUUCAGUUGUUAAUCGUGAUUUACCUCCAAAUGUUGUUGCUGUUGGAUCACCAGCUAGAGUUGUUAAACAUUUAGAUCAAUAG